GCGCCUGCGGAGAAGCGGCGGCCGCCGAGCGGGAGCCGUGCGGGGAGCCGGAAAUGGUUGUGGACGACGUCUGUGCGGCUGCGUGGGGCUCGGCCGCGCGGACUGAAGGAGACUGAAGGCCCUCGGAUGCCCAGGAGCUGUAGGCCGCGCCGUGGAUUUAUUCUUAACCGAGGGGGUGCUGGGGGGACCCUGAUGUGGCACCAAAUGAAAUGAACAAAGCUCCACAGCCCACAGGCCCCCCACCCGCCCCGUCCCCCGGACUCCCACAGCCAGCGUUUCCCCCGGGGCAGACAGCACCGGUGGUGUUCAGUACGCCACAAGCGACACAAAUGAACACGCCUUCUCAGCCCCGCCAGGGAGGAUUCAGGUCUCUGCAGCACUUCUACACUAGCCGGGCCCAGCCCCCGAGCAGUGCAGCCUCCCGUGUGCAGAGUGCAGCCCCCGCCCGCCCUGGCCCUGCUGCCCAUGUCUACCCUGCUGGAUCCCAAGUGAUGAUGAUCCCUUCCCAGAUCUCUUACCCAGCGUCCCAAGGGGCCUACUACAUCCCUGGACAGGGCCGUUCUACAUAUGUUGUCCCGACACAGCAGUAUCCCGUGCAGCCAGGAGCCCCAAGCUUUUAUCCGGGUGCAAGCCCUACAGAGUUUGGAACUUACGCUGGCGCCUACUACCCUGCUCAGGGUGUGCAGCAGUUCCCUGCUGGUGUGGCCCCUGCCCCGGUUUUGAUGAACCAACCCCCCCAGAUUGCUCCCAAGAGGGAGCGGAAGACGAUCCGAAUUCGAGACCCAAACCAAGGAGGGAAGGAUAUCACAGAGGAGAUCAUGUCUGGGGCCCGCACCGCCUCCACUCCGACCCCUCCUCAGACAGGAGGUGGUCUAGAGCCACAGGCUAAUGGGGAGACUCCCCAAGGUGCUGUCGUUGUCCGGCCAGAUGACCGGUCGCAGGGAGCCAUCAUCGGGGGCCGGCCUGGAAUGCCAGGCCCAGAACACAGCCCCUCUGAAUCCCAGCCUUCGUCACCUUCUCCCACUCCAUCACCACCCCCUGUCCUGGAGCCGGGGUCUGAGCCGAAUCUCCCUGUCCUCCCUCUUCCCAGUGAUUCUCUGACGACAGGGAUGAUCCAAGUGUCUGUAGAAGAAUCCAGCUCCGGGCCCCGUGAAGCCGGGGAGCCCUAUUGCCUCUCGCCAGAGCCCCCUCCCCUCGCUGAACCCAUACUGGAAGUAGAAGUGACACUUAGCAAGCCCAUUCCAGAAUCUGAGUUCUCUUCCAGUUCUCACCAGGUGCCCACUCCCCUGCCAUCUAACAAAGUGGAAAUUCUUCCUGAGCCUAAUGGCAUGGGCCCAUCUGAGGAUCUGGAACCGGAGGUGGAGACCACCGCCGAGCCCACCCCACUCCCUCCUCCAGUGGGCCCCUCAGAGUCACCCUUGCCUGUGGCUCCCACUGCCCAGCCCGAGGAACUGCUCAACGGAGCCCCCUCGCCACCAGCUGUGGACUUAAGCCCUGUCAGUGAGCCCAAGGAGCAGACCAAGGAGGUGGCCCCUGCACCAGCUGCUCCAUCCCCCACCACUGCCCUCACUGCGCCUCCAGUAGCCUCCCCUGCACAGGAGGAGGAAAUGGAAGAAGAGGAGGAGGAAGAGGAAGAAGACACAGGAGAAGCUGAGCAUGAGAAGGGAGGAGAGGAAGAGCUUCCCUUGGAGAGCACCCCUGCCCCAGUGCACCUGUCCCAGAAUUUGGAGGCCGCCACAGCCACCCAAGUGGCAGUAUCUGUGCCAAAGAGGAGACGGAAAAUGAAGGAGCUCAACAAGAAGGAGGCAGUUGGAGACCUCCUCGAUGCCUUCAAGGAGGUGGCAAAUCCCGGAGUGCCAGAGGUGGAAAACCAGCAGCCACCUGUGGGUUGCAAUCCUGGCCCAGAGCCAGAGGUUGGCAGUGCCCCACCUCAGCCUGAGGAGGCAGAGGAGACCUGGGAUGCCAAGGAAGACAAAAUCCACAAUGCUGAGAACAUCCACCCCGGGGAACAGAAGUACGAGUAUAAGUCAGACCAGUGGAAGCCUCUAAACCUUGAGGAAAAAAAACGCUAUGACCGCGACUUCCUGCUUGGCUUCCAGUUCAUCUUUGCUAGCUUGCAGAAGCCAGAGGGCCUGCCCCACAUCAGCGAUGUAGUGCUGGACAAGGCUAAUAAAACACCAUUGCGGCCGCUGGAUCCCACUCGACUUUCGGGUAUCAAUUGUGGCCCAGACUUUACUCCACCAUUUGCCAACCUUGGCCGAACAACUGUCAACACCCGUGGGCCCCCAAGGGGUGGGCCAGGUGGAGAGCUGCCCCGUGGGCCGCCUGGUCUGGGACCCCGACGCUCUCAACCAGGCCCUCGAAAGGAACCACGCAAGAUCAUUGCCACAGUGUUAAUGAGCGAAGAUAUAAAGCUGAACAAAGCUGAGAAGGCCUGGAAACCCAGCAGCAAGAGGACGGCAGCUGACAAGGACCGUGGGGAGGAGGAUGCUGAUGGCAACAAAACCCAGGACCUGUUCCGCAGGGUGCGCUCCAUCCUGAAUAAGCUCACGCCCCAGAUGUUCCAACAGCUGAUGAAGCAGGUGACACAGCUGGCCAUUGACACGGAGGAACGCCUCAAAGGAGUCAUCGAUCUCAUCUUCGAGAAGGCCAUUUCAGAGCCCAACUUCUCUGUGGCCUAUGCCAACAUGUGCCGCUGCCUCAUGACGCUGAAAGUGCCCACUACAGAAAAGCCAACCAUAACUGUGAAUUUCCGAAAACUCUUAUUGAAUCGAUGUCAGAAGGAGUUUGAAAAAGACAAAGAUGAUGAUGAGGUUUUUGAGAAGAAACAGAAAGAGAUGGAUGAAGCCGCUACGGCAGAGGAACGGGGACGGCUGAAAGAAGAGCUGGAAGAGGCUCGAGAUAUAGCCCGCCGGCGCUCAUUAGGGAAUAUCAAGUUUAUUGGAGAGCUGUUCAAGCUAAAGAUGUUAACAGAAGCUAUUAUGCAUGACUGUGUGGUUAAACUCCUGAAAAACCACGAUGAGGAGUCCCUAGAAUGUCUCUGCCGACUGCUCACCACCAUUGGCAAAGACCUGGACUUUGAAAAAGCCAAGCCCCGCAUGGAUCAGUAUUUCCAGCAGAUGGACAAAAUUAUUAAGGAAAAAAAGACUUCUUCCCGAAUCCGCUUUAUGCUACAAGAUGUGCUGGACCUACGACGGAACAACUGGGUACCACGUCGAGGAGACCAGGGUCCCAAGACCAUUGACCAGAUUCACAAGGAAGCUGAAAUGGAGGAGCACAGGGAGCACAUCAAAGUGCAGCAGCUCAUGGCCAAGGGCAGUGACAAGCGUCGGGGUGGCCCUCCAGGCCCACCUAUUAGCCGUGGUCUUCCCCUUGUGGAUGAUGGUGGCUGGAACACAGUCCCCAUCAGUAAAGGCAGUCGUCCAAUUGACGCCUCACGAAUUAGCAAGAUCACAAAACCUGGUUCCAUUGACUCCAGCAACCAGCUCUUUGCACCUGGAGGUCGAAUGAGCUGGGGCAAGGGUAGCAGCGGAGGCUCAGCAGCUAAGCCCUCGGAUGCAGCAUCAGAAUCUGCUCGGCCAGCUACUCUGAAUCGCUUCUCAGCUCUUCAACAAGCAGUACCCAUAGAGAGCACAGAUACCAGGCGGGUGGUCCAGAGGAGUAGCUUGAGCCGGGAACGAGGUGAGAAAGCUGGGGACCGAGGAGACCGCCUAGAGCGGAGUGAGCGAGGAGGUGACCGAGGGGACCGCCUUGGUCGUGCACGGACACCAGCCACCAAGCGAAGCUUCAGCAAAGAAGUAGAGGAGCGGAGUCGAGAGCGGCCCUCCCAGCCCGAGGGCCUGCGCAAAGCCGCUAGUCUCACAGAGGACCGGGACCGUGGACGGGAUACUGUGAAGCGAGAAGCUCCUCUUCCCCCCGUGAGCCCUCCAAAGGCUGCGCUGUCAGAGGAGGAGCUGGAGAAGAAAUCCAAGGCCAUCAUUGACGAAUAUCUCCAUCUCAACGACAUGAAGGAGGCAGUGCAGUGUGUGCAGGAGCUGGCCUCACCCUUUCUGCUUUUCGUCUUUGUGCGAUACGGUGUCGAGUCUACGCUGGAGCGCAGUGCCAUUGCUCGUGAGCAUAUGGGGCGACUGCUGCAUCAGCUGCUCUGUGCUGGGCAUCUCUCCACUGAUCAGUACUACCGAGGGCUCUUUGAAAUCCUAGAAUUGGCUGAAGAUAUGGAAAUUGACAUCCCCCACGUUUGGCUCUACCUAGCCGAACUAGUAACACCCAUGCUGCAGGAAGGUGGGGUGCCUAUGGGGGAGCUGUUCAGGGAGAUUACAAAACCGCUGAGACCCAUGGGCAAAGCUGCACCCCUGCUGCUGGAGAUCCUGGGGCUCCUGUGCAGAAGCAUGGGUCCCAAAAAGGUAGGAACGCUAUGGCGAGAAACUGGUCUCAGCUGGAAGGAAUUUCUGCCUGAAAGCCAGGAUGUCGGUGCAUUCAUUGCUGAACAGAAGGUGGAGUACACCCUGGGGGAGGAGCCCGAAGGCUCUGGCCCUAGACUGUUGCCCUCUGAGGAGCUGAACAAGCAGCUGGGGAAGCUGCUUCAGGAGGGCAGCACUGAUGAGCAGGUGUUCGACUGGAUAGAGGCCAAUCUGAGUGAGCAGCAGAUAGCAUCCAACGCACUAGUCCGAGCCCUCAUGAGAACUGUCUGCUAUUCUGCAAUUAACUUUGAGAAGACUCCCCCCACACUAGAGGUCCAAGUGCUGAGGGAACGAGCGAAGCUACUACAGAAAUACCUGUGUGAUGAGCAGAAGGAGCUGCAGGCACUCUAUGCCCUCCAGGCUCUUGUAGUGACCUUAGAUCAGCCCGCCAAUCUGCUUCGAAGUUUCUUUGACACGCUGUAUGAUGAGGACGUGCUGAAGGAGGAUGCCUUCUACAGCUGGGAGAGUAGCAAGGACCCGGCUGAACAGCAGGGCAAGGGCGUGGCCCUUAAGUCUGUCACAACCUUCUUCAAGUGGCUUCGUGAAACAGAGGAGGAGGAAUCUGACCACAACUGAAGUCGGGUGGGGCCGGGGCUCAGUGGGCGCCCCAUGGACACUCAAUGGCCCGGCCAGCUGCCCAGACUGCAGGGGUGGGGGUGGCAGUGGCAGCAGUAGGUGCCUGUAGUGGAAUGUGUCUGAGCUAAUAAAGUGGCUGAAGAGGCAGGAUGGCUUGGGACUGCCUGGUGCCUCCUCCAGGAUGCUGCCAGGUGUCCCUCUCCUCCCCUGGGACACAGAGAUAUAUUAUAUAUAAAGUCUUGAAAUUUGGUGUGUCUUGGGGGGGGGCAACACCGCCUGCCCCUGGGGUCCUUUUUUAUUUUCUGAAAAUCACUCAUGGGACUGCCGUCCUCGCUGCUGGGGGCAUAUGCCCCAGCCCCUGCACCACCCCUGCUGCUGCCUGGGCAGGGGGAAGGGGGGCACGGUGCCUGUAAUUAUUAAACAUGAAUUCAAUUAAA